AAGUCACCUACAUCUUGGAUGCCCUGGGGAACCGUGGAAAGCAGCCAACUUGGGAGGAAAUGAGCAUCACACAUUUCACCAGCACGAUAAUGAUCCGCUUGAUUGUGUUGGCGUUGAGCCAUAACAUAGUAUUUGGCAACGAUGAACUCACCUUCGUCACCGCAUGUUGCAGAGAUGACAUAACUUUGCACUGUCCUUUCCUUCAAAACUGUCAGAACUACACCUCUAUUACGUGGUACAAGUUCUACAAUAACAGCAGUGACAGAUCUACAAUGAAAAUCCUCAUAAAGUCUGAAAAUGGCAUCCAGACUGACAAACACAACGAUUCUGUGUCACUGGAUAAAAAUGCAGCUUUGGUCUUAAGGAAAGUUGCUCCUGCAGAUUCUGGGGAAUACAAGUGUUUAAUUAGAGCCAAAGCUGGAGGAAUGAACUGUCAAAAUCGGGUUAGACUUAAUAUCUCAGGUUGUGUGUCAACAACUUCACCCAUCAUCUUUGAUUUCUCCACCAAAUUUAUUAAUGGAUCAUGGCCAAACAUUAGCAUCUCAUUGCCUCACGUGGAUGACGAUUCAGUGCUUUAUGUCCUGUGGGGUUGUGUAGGACUCGCUGUGAGUAAACUUAUCCUCAGUGCCGUUUCCAUAUGCGUUUUCAAGAAGCUCCGAAAACUUAAAAGAAGAAGACAGACUUAAGACCAACCACUGUUUAUCAGCACCUUGUUUGUUUGCAGAGUUUACUCGCCAUACCUUAUAUGGACAUUCCUUACAUUCUGCAAACUUGUGUAAAAGACCAUUGGAUGGUUUAGUAAUUUAACAUUUUAAUAAUUAAUCUGUGAAUUUACCUAUGAAUUAUGAUAAUCUGAGGAACUGAUACUUUAUAUCUGUUAUAUUUAUUUCCAAAAUGGCAUUGCUGUCAUAAGGGCGGGUCAUGGCAGAACAUUUUCUUAAACUUUGAAAUUAUUUUUGGAGGAACUAUGCAGAUUGAAAACUGUUCUGAUGCAUGAUCCACAUUUAAUACACUGCAAAAGAACAAAUUUCUCUUCAUUAUGGAUCUGUCUUACCAGUGUUAUUCUAGUAUUAUUUAUAUACAUUUAUAGUAUUCAGCAUUUUGUAUUUAUUUUAAUUUACUAAAGCAAAUUGUAAUAGUUUUACAAAUAUUCAAACAAAU